UUUUAUACCAAAAUAUUCACUUGAAAAAUUUUGCAAACCAAGAAUUUGUUUAAUGAUAAGUUACAACUAAAUUGAAAAACUUGAAAAAUUUUACAACUAAUGUUGUUAGAAAUGGAGUCCUUAGACACUAACCUUCAGUAUGUUUCAAAAGAGAUUGUUCACGAAGCUGCCAAAAAAUCAUCUUGUAAAAUUGUUGCACAGUAUAAAAAAGUAAAUAUCAAUAUUCAAAUUCAACCUAAUCACUAUAUAGUUCAGAGAAUUGAAAAAGAUUGGAAAAGAGUUACUCAAACUGUUUGGGGAAGAGUGAAAAGUUCUCAAAAGAAUAAGUUAUAUAAUGAAAUUGAUGUAUUGUUUGAUAUUCUUCGUUGCAAGCACAUUAUUAUAUGCAAGGAAGAUCCAACUUGUUCUGACCCUAAAUGUUCUCAUUCUGCUAUUUCUCCAACCUGUAAUUGUCCAUCCAAUUUAAAAAUUCCUAAAAUAGAGCUGAAGUUUAUCAAAGCUCAGAGAUUGAAAAUCGGAAUGAAAAGUGUUUACCAAAUACAUUGUAUAGAUAAAAAAGAACACACUCGACUAGCGAAGCAAUGCAAAAGAAAAGAAUAACCUUUAAUCUUCAAAAAAUUAGAGGAGAAAAAAGUAGAGUUAAAUAAUUACAAGUUUUUUAAUGAAGAAAUAGAGGUAGAUGUCAUUGAGAAAGCGAACGUAUCUUCUAACCAGUUUGUUGACACUGAAAUUGAUGACGGGAUAAAGGAAUCUGUCAUCAAUACAAAUCACUUUCCUCUUCUUGCUCAAACAGUUUUAAGAUACAGAACAAGUUACAGAGAAGCUGCUGCUAUUUCUUCUGCAGUUCUUGUAGAUCUUGGCAUUGUUAAUAAAACAAAUGAUAAAUUGAUUAUUGACCACCAUAAAAUUCACAGGGAAACGAAAAAAGUAAUGGAAAAAGUCCAGAAAGAAGAUUUACAGUUGUAUCAGUCAGAAGAAAUAAAAGCAUUAUUUUUUGACAAUAGAAAGAAUUUAACUCUUAUUAAUAAUCAAGAUAAAACAAGAUUAAAAUAUUAUUCUAAAACAAUAAAAAUGGACUUCUACACUGUCGCUAGUGAACCAGGUGGAAAAUAUGUAUUCCAUUUCUCUCCUCUUAAGCCUGGCGUGGGCGAAAAACCUGCAUUAAUGAUAGCUAAACCUAUAGCAGAUUGGUGUAGAAAAUUUGAUAUUAACUUACAGUAUAUUGGAGCUGACUCUACAGCUACUAACACUGGAAGAUUAUGGGUAAAUUAUUAAAUUGUGCUACACUACUUCCAGUAGCACAGGCAUUUCCAACAAUAACCAUUGGUAAAAGACCAGUCGAAUUAAGUAAAGAUGUGAUUGAUGAUCUUUCAACUGAUCAGCUCUAUGGUUAUAAAAUGGUUUUAGCUAUACGUUCAGGUAACAUGCCUAUAGAUCUUAUAAAGAUGGAGUGUGGUUCUGUUAAUCACAGCAGAUGGUUGACAACUGCAAAUAGACUGAUGCGAAUUUGGGUGUCAGUUCAUGGUCUGUCUGGGCAAAACUUUAGCAAUUUAAGUUGUUUAGUUGAAUAUAUUGUUGGUGUUUACUAUCCAAUGUGGUUUGAUAUAAAAGUGAGGUGGUCUUUUAUUGAGGGUUCAAGACAUGUGCUAGAAACCUUGAGAUUAGUAAAAAUGCAAAGCCAAGUUACUAGGAAUAUUGUUGAAAAAUAUAUUAUAUUAGGAGCCUGGUUUUCUCACAGUGAAGCUGUUCUAACCACUUUGCUUUGUAGCUCUAUAGUGGAAGAACAGAUUUUUGCAGUAGAUCGUAUUCUGCAGAUUAGAAGAGGUUUUGACAAAGGAGAAACAUCUGUCCGAGAAAGGACUCAUUCUGCUUUUUUAAACAUAGAUGCUAAGAAUCUUACUGAGUUAUGUUCUUGGACUCAUAAUGUAUUUGGGCCGAUUCAAACAUGUAGUUUUUCUACUGAGACAAUAGUUGAUUUGAAUGUGAAUUCCAUGGUUGUUGAUUCCAUACCAUGCCACACACAGAGUAUUGAGCGGGCUGUUAAACAAACAACAAGAGCUUGUGCUGCUGUCUAUGGACACGAUUAAAGAGAUGGUUUUAUUCGAGCAGGCUGUCAUCACCGUAAACUUUUACCUAAAAAUAAUACCAAAAAGAACCUAAAACAGAUGAUUAUAUAAUUUUUAUAUUUUUAAUAUGAGUGUAUAUAUUCUUUACUUAUUGGAUCUUCACAAAUUUA